AUGCCGACGGUGCCGUUCGCACCGCCGUCCGCGCGCGACGUCGCGCCCGCGCGCCCCAGCGCGCGCGUCGAUCGACGCGCGGUGGUCGUCGCCACCGUCUGCGCGCCGCUUCUCGCGCGCGCGCGUCGCGCCGAGGCGAAAUCGUCGCUCAUCGACGACCUGCGGGUCAAGCGGCUGAACAAGCCAGUCUUCAACGGUGGACGACCGCGCGCGCAAGCGUACCCGGAUUGGCUCGAGGGCGAGUGGCGCGCGACGAUCGACUUCGCGGGAUACGAGUUUCCGAGCGCGGUCGUCGCGCGCGAGGCGGUGGCGCGAGAGGCGACGACGCCGGGGUUUCAAAAGCUGUCGCUGGCGUACGCGCCAGACGUGGGACGCGAGGGAAAGACGGAGUACAGAAUGCGAUUCGCGCGGGACGGCGGUGACGUGAUCGAAGAUCGUGGAUUUAAUUUAAGGGAAAUCGUGGACGCGUACGUCGGCGAGGGCGCGGUGGAGGCGGUGGAGUACGACGCGCGGAGAGACGCGAAUCGAACGACGAUUCGAUUGAAGCGCGGCGCGAGUAAUAACGCCGAAAGGAUCGAGUUGUUCACGAACGCGCGAGACAGCGAGACGAGGGAGUCGGAUGGGACGUUCUUCGCGCUCGAAUCGUUGAGGCAGGUGACGCUGGGAUACUCGACUUCGUACGGAGUCGCGAGAAUGGUGCCGACGGAUUACACGCACGUGUGGACGUUCACGCCUCUGCCGGACGUCGACGGCGUCGACGGCGCGAGCGCCGGUGAGCCGCGCAUCGGUGUCACAGGAGUUAAAGUGGUGAAUCGCGUCAAGGCGACGCUCAGUACGGCGGGAUAUUUACAGCCUAACGACGCGUUGAAGUACACGGCGUCGGACGCCGCCAAUCCAAACGGCGCCCCCGUCCCUCGCGUCGGCGCGGCUUCUCAAGUCGCGUUCGAGCCCGUUGUUUUAUAUUCGCACGUGUUGUACCUCGAGCGCGUCGGAUGCGUGCCGUAG